GAGAGGCGUGGCGCGGGGGCGGGGCGGGAGUAGCAUGGCUGCGGGAGCAGCAGCGCGACGGGAGUCAGGGCCUGGCCCCGGGGGCGAGAAGCGGAUCCUGUGUGUGGGGCUGGUUUGCCUGGACAUCAUCAGCGUGGUGGAGGCCUACCCCGCCGAGGACUCGGACAUCAGGUGCGUGUCGCAGCGGUGGCAGCGGGGCGGGAACGCCUCCAACUCCUGCACGGUGCUGGCGCUGCUGGGAGCCCCCUGCGCCUUCAUGGGCUCGCUGGCCCCUGGACACGCUGCCGACUUCGUCUUGGCUGACCUGCAGCGCUACGGGGUGGACGUGGGCCAUGCAGUGCCGCAGCCUGCUGGCUGCUUGCCCACCUCUGUCGUCAUCGUCAAUGCCAGCCGGGGCACCCGCACCAUCCUGCACGCCCAUGGGAACCUGCCCGACGUGACUGCGCAUGACUUCGAGCUGGUUGACUUCUCCCAGUACAAGUGGAUCCACUGGGAGGCUCGGAACGCGGCGGAGCAGGAGGCGAUGAUGCGGCGCGUGGAGAGGUACAACCGGGACCGGCCAGCGGCCGAGCGGGUCCGCACCUCGGUGGAGGUGGAGAAGCCGCGGGAGGAGCUGCUGCCGCUGCUGGGCCUGGCCCACGUGGUGUUCAUCAGCAAGGAUGUGGCUCGGCACUUCGGGUACCAGUCGGCCCCCGAGGCGCUGCAGGGGCUGCACAGCCGCAUACAGCCGGGGGCCACACUGAUCUGUGCCUGGGCUGAGGAGGGGGCCGAUGCCAUGGGGCCCAGCGGGGAGCUGGUGCACUCAGAUGCAUUCCCGCCAGAGACCCUCGUGGACACGCUGGGAGCUGGGGACACCUUCAACGCUGCCGUCAUCUUUGCGCUCUCAGCAGGGAGGAGCCUACAGGACGCUCUCACCUUCGGCUGCCAGAUUGCGGGCAGGAAAUGUGGGAUUCAGGGCUUCGAUGGUAUCGUCUGAGCCAGGCACCCUGUGCCAGCACCAGGAGCUGCUGCCAGCCCUGGGGCGUGCUGCUGCCCUGUCACAUGCAGCACCCCCGCACCCCACUCACAAUAAAGCCCCAUACUGCCACA